AUGGAUCUCCUAGGAGACUCCUAUUUACAAGCUCGUCAACGCUUUCAAGGUCUGGAACGAAAAUUCGCCCGUAACCCUGAUCUAAAGGCAGAAUACAGUAGGUUUAUUAAGGAAUAUCUGGACCUCAACCACAUGUCGCUGGUUUCCAACGAGGUUGUACAACAAUGCAUGUACUUCCUGCCACAUCAUUGCGUUAUCAAGGAUGACAGUAGUACAACAAAAUUGAGGGUGGUUUUUGAUGGAUCUGCAACCACUACCUCAGGUUUUUCGUUAAAUGACCUACUCAUGGCAGGCCCAACUAUUCAACCGAAUCUUUUUCAUAUUCUCAUUAGAUUUCGUACUUUUCCUAUAGCACUUACUGCAGACAUCUGUAAGAUGUAUAGGUGUGUUCGCGUCACUCCACCGGACAACAUGCUCCAAUGUAUUUUGUGGCGAGAAUCUCCACAAGAAAACUUUCGCAUCUAUAAGCUCGACACGGUGACGUAUCGAACUAAGCCUGCAGCGUUUCUAGCCAUCCGAGCCAUGCACCAACUCGCAGCAGACGAAUCCGCGACUUAUCCCAUUGGAGCAGAAGCGGUACUUCGGGACUUCUAUGUAGAUGACCUGAUAACUGGGGGCGAUUCAAUGGCAGAAGUACUCAACAUUAAACUGCAAACAACUAGCAUUCUUACCCGAGGAAGCUUCAAGUUACGCAAAUGGUGCUCUAAUAGUCCUGAGAUUCUUCGUGAUAUUCCUGACGUAGACAAGGAAAAGUUUCUUAAGUUUGACGAUGGCAGUGACAUCAUCAAAGCACUGGGGCUUGUCUGGGACCCGCACAAGGACAAAUUGCUAUUUUCAUUUGUACCACAAAGAGAAUUCGGAAAAAACUCAAAACGCUCUGCUUUGUCUACACUAGCUCGAUGUUACGAUCCCCUUGGACUAAUGGGGCCCACGCUGACCAAGGCGAAGAUUCUUCUGCAACGAAUGUGGAGAGAUAAGCUCGAGUGGGAUGAGAGUCUGCCACAAUCGUUAGACACUGCUUGGUCUGCUUUUUGCACUGGAUUUGCAGACAUGCAGUAUUUAUCAUUUCCUCGUUACGUUUUUCAGUCUGAAGCUAUUAGAGAAAUCCAUGCAUUUUGCGAUGCAAGCCUUGAAGCUUAUGGGACUUGUGUUUACACGCGAUCAACCAAGGACAACAACAUACAAGUUCACCUAUUAUGUUCAAAGGCCCGUGUCUCUCCACUAAAGACCGUCACCAUACCCAAGCUGGAACUCUGUGCAGCAACAUUGCUCGCACAGCUAAUGGAUUCCUCCGCUGUCCUUUCGUGGCUGCGAGAAGAACCGUCAAGGUUUAACGUUUUUGUCGCCAAUCGGGUUUCCACCAUACAUCAACUGACAGAGGGUAUGCAAUGGCAUUAUGUUCCUACAGCAAUGAACCCGGCUGACAUUUUAUCGAAGGGAGUUACACCCCGGGAACUUCUAGGAUCGAAACUUUGGAUGCACGGCCCACCCUUUUUGCUAGAAGCGGAGGACAACUGGCCACGCAUGUGCUCACCACAACCAAAACUUCCCGAAAUUCGACAAAGGGUUUUGCUUGCUGCAAAUAACCAUAUAGACAUUUCCCUUUCUUUCAAAUACACUCAACUUCUUAUUCGCAUAGUACAAAGAGCGCAAUUGUGGCCGGAGUACACUGUAUUGCAAGCCAAUAAAUGCGUCCCUAAUUCGAGCAGCAUUGCCUCGUUAUCGCCAUUCCUUGAUGACUUCGGAAUUAUUAGAGUCGGUGGACGAUUAAAAAAUUCGAUGCUUAGCUGUUCAUCGCGCCAUCCAUGCAUUCUACCGAAGGAUCAUCCACUGACGUACGCAAUAAUCACCUAUUUUCAUCGUAAGCAUCACCAUGCAGGUCCUCAAGCUUUACUCGCCUUUAUUCGUAUGCAGUUUUGGCCAAUAGGUGGCAGGAAAACAACAGCUCGCGUUCUACAAAAAUGCAUUAUCUGUCUCAAAUCAAGACCGAAACUCGUCGAGCACAUAAUGGCUGAUCUGCCCAAGGAACGCAUUCAGGCUUCGCGGCCCUUCAUAGUCACCGGUGUGGAUUACUGCUGCCCGUUUCAUUACAAGCCUGAAGUGCGCAACAAAUCGCCACAAAAAUGUUAUGUUAGCGUGUUCAUAUGCUUCGCUACAAAAGCUGUUUGGAUGGAGUUGGUAAGAGACCUUUCAACGGGUGCAUUUAUUGACGCAUUAAAAAGAUUCAUAGCCACGCGUGGAAUACCAAGAUGUAUCUGGUCUGACAAUGCAACGAAUUUUGUAGGCGCUAAGAACGAGCUUAAGGAACUACGAGACUUAGUUCUCAAUGAAAAACACCGCAGCAAACUUCACAACUUUUGCCUCAGUAAUGGUUUCGAUUGGCGCUUCAUUCCCCCUCGCUCCCCGCACUUUGGCGGUUUGUGGGAAGCAGCCGUAAAGACAGCCAAGCAACAUUUCUAUCGUUCCGCUAGCUCAUCAAUUCUUGGGUUUGAUGAAUUGCGUACAUUGGUAUGUGAAAUCUCUGCAGUGAUUAAUUCGCGUCCUCUUACCUAUCUUUCAGAAAAUCCAGAGGAUUUGGAUGUCCUAACACCAGGUCAUUUUUUGAUUGGUGGUCCUCUGACAGCUCUUCCUGAACCGGAUCUCACGGCGCUAAAUUACUCGCGACUUGAUCGAUGGCAACGUGUAACAUAUAUACAACAAGUAUUUUGGAGGCGGUGA